UAAAACAAAAGAAAUGUAAUGAUAGAUUUCGAACUAUAUGUGAAAAUUACAAUGUAUCUCAUCAUUAAUUCCGGUGAGUCACGUGACCAACCCUUUUCCUCGUGGUAGCAAACAUGAAGGCUCGUGGUGAGCUCAGAGAAUUCAAGGUAAUGGGGAGGGGAAUCCCCAACCCCAAGAACCGGUCCCCUGCAAUCUACAAGAUGAGGAUAUUUGCUCCCGAUGCAGCUACAGCCAAGUCCCGGUUCUGGUACUUUGUCAGUUUCCUCAAGUCUCUGAAGAAGGCUAAUGGAGAAAUCAUCCUCUGUUCUGAGGUGUUUGAGAAGAAGCCCACCAGCAUCAAGAACUUUGGCAUCUGGCUGCGAUACACAUCCCGUAGUGGCACCCAUAACAUGUACAGGGAGUACCGGGAUCUCACAGCAGCAAAGGCUGUCACCCAGUGUUACUGUGACAUGGGUGCCCGUCACAGAGCAAGGGCAUCGUCCAUUCAGAUCAUCCGUGUGGAGAUCAUCCCCGCUAACAAGUGCAGGAGGGCGAACAUCCAGCAGUUCCAUAACAGUCAGAUCUGUUUCCCCCUGCCCCACCGCGUGGACAGGAAGCUGCACGCCCCCCGAUUCACCACACGCAGACCUACCACCACUUUCAACUAGGUGGCCCAUAUUGUGUACAGCGUCAAAUAAAUAACAAGGGGAAAUA